CUCCAGGGGAGGGCGUGACUCUGGGCGGUGGCAGGAUGUCACGUGUGGGUUGAGAGGGAAAGGCAGAGAGAGCUGGAGUGGCGGCCACCUUGGAGACCCCGGAGGGUGCAGGAGAGACCAUGCCGUACAUCCUCAUCAGCACUCAGAUCCGCAUGGAGGUCGGGCCCACAAUGGUUGGUGAUGAGCAUUCCGAUCCACAUUUGAUGCACUAUCUGGGGGCCACUAAAAGAAACAUGCUGGGGAAUCAUUUCUGGGAGUACUACGUGCAUGAUGCCCCCCGGAUUGUCUUGGACAAGUUGGAGAAAUGUGGCUAUCGCGUGAUUAGCAUGACAGGAGUAGGGCAAACGUUGGUCUGGUGUCUCCACAAAGAAAGUACAGAGAACUCUGAUGUUCUGCCUGGCAAAGAUAUUUCUGUAAAUCACCCAGCAUAGGACUGGCUUUCAGUCCCCACUGUGCAGUUAAGUUUGUGUUUUCAGAUAUGAAGCAAGACCUUGUUAAAACCCUGAAUUGUGAAAAAUAGCCAAGAGCACCACAAGAUCAUUAUGGGAAGAAAGGCUGUCCAGUUGGCUUCAAGGGCUUGGGGUCAGAACUGAUCCUUCUUGAGCAUUAAUUUGCAUGCCACUCUGGAAAUGCCAGUUCUGCAGUGUGACCCUUCUCUAUUUGUUGCUGUUGAAUGAAGUCAACUUGGUGCUAAAGUCUACUAUGUAAGUAAACAUUCCAGGCUAGCUUGCUGAGGUGGGAGGGGACAAGGUCAAGCAUAAGAUGAUUGCUACUUCGAGAUGGUAAAGAAUAGGUUUCCACUGAACUACUGUCACUAAUAAGCUAAUCAUCCAGGUGUAUUAAAUGAAGGUUUAACUAUCUAUACACACAUUAUUAUGCUGCAAACUGAAGGAAAAAGAUGCUGUAAAUAUUUCAUCACCUGUGCAAUUCUACCAAUUGCCGUUUCAUUGCUGGGAUUAUUUGGAACAGUGUAUACGGAACCAUUCCUAAAGUAGUUGGUAAAAUAAAUAACCUAAAACCAGA